UCAGCUUUGAAGUACUUCAAUGGUCUGCCAAACUUGCCCAGAACGUUCUCCAUACCAACAACAAGGAGUGCAGAUAUAUUUGAUUUCUUGCAUUUUACAUUUGGAUUUCAGAAAGACAAUGUAUCUAACCAGCGUGAGCACAAUGUUCAUCUUCUCGCUAAUGAGCAAAGCAGGUUUCAAAUUCCCGAGGAACCUGAACCGUUUUUGGACGAGGCUGCAGUCCAGAAGGUAUUUUUGAAGUCCUUAGACAACUACAUUAAGUGGUGCAACUAUCUGGGUAUCUUGCCAGUGUGGAGCAACCUUGAUGUUAUCAACAAGGAAAAGAAGGUGCUGUUCAUUUCUUUGUAUUUCUUGAUAUGGGGUGAAGCUGGCAAUGCUCGAUUUCUUCCAGAAUGCUUGUGCUACAUAUUUCAUCAUAUGGGAAGGGAGAUGAAGGAGAUAGUACGCCAACAGAUUGCAGUGCCCGCAAACAGCUGCGUUGCUGAAAGUGGUGUUUCAUUUCUUGAUCAAGUUAUGUCCUCUUUAUGACGUUCUUGCUGCGGUAUGCUCAGAAUAAGGUUUCUAUUUUUUGUGCUAGAUGGCUAGAUACUUUUCUAGCUCCAUGUUUGUAAGUCAAUGAAAAGAUGGUAUUUGGGCACAUGAUUGCAAGUCAAUGAAAAGAUGGUAUUUGGGCCCCACAUACUUUUUUGUGCUAGAUGGCUAUUGGGCAAUGAAAAGAUGGUAUUUGCUCCAUGUUUGUAAGUCAAUGAAAAGAUGGUAUUUGGGCACAUGAAUGCCCCACAUACUUUUUUGUGCUAGAUAGCUAGAUACUUUUCUGCUCAGAAUUAUGAUGACAUGAUUGCAAGUCAAUGAAAAGAUGGUAUUUGG